AUGUCACUCAUAUUAUCCUCACUGAGGGCGAUAUUCAAGCCCUACGCUAGUGUACCCCAUCCAACGAUUACGUUCUCGCGUGCGAGGUCCCAGCUUGCUCCUCGAAGAGUCAGGUAUCGCAAAUCUCACAAAGGCCGUAUACCUAUUCCGACUGGUGGUUCUACCAAGGGGACGACGCUCGCAUUUGGCGACUAUGGAUUGAGGGUCAGAGGAGAAGGCAUGCGUCUUACGGCCAAGCAGCUUCAAGCCGCAGAGGUUGUUAUCAAACGCAAACUAAAGAUCAUCAAAACCAGCCAGAUCUGGAUGCGUGUCUUCCCAGAUCUCCCGGUGUGCGUCAAGGGGAACGAAACUCGUAUGGGGAAGGGUAAAGGUUCUUUUGAGUACUGGGCAUGCAGGGUACCGACGGGGAGGGUGGUGUUCGAAAUUGGUGGAGGAAUUCGAGAAGAGAUAGCUCGUGAUGCAUUGCGCCUCGCUGCCACCAAGCUACCUGUUCUCACCGAAUUUAUCAGCCGGUCUGCCGGUCCCAAACUCGGAGCAAUCGAUCUUCCUCCAGUCACUCCAAAACCUAUCACGGGGGCAAGCUACAAAAUUGUCCGAAAGCCAUUACAGCCCAUUUCGGUGAUUGAUCAGGAGGCAUUGAAGGUUCCGGCUGGCGAGGUUGUUAUAUAA